AUGGCAGUGGUCAGCGCCCGCGGCUCUCCCCAUUCCAUCCCCUCCCCACCGUUGCCACCGUCGCCUCAGCCUCGGCCGGACGCCGAGACGAUGUUCAUGCGCGGAGGCGGAGGGAGCGGCCGCUCGUCAACCGGUACUAGCGGUAGCCUCAGGAGCGCCAGCCUCAGAGACAUUGACGAGGAGGCUGCGGUGGUGGUGGCCGACGACGAUGGAGGCGUCGGGAAGCUCUAUGUGGCCGUCGGGAAGGACCUCAAGGAUGGCAAGUCCAACCUCGGCGCCGCUCAGAGCCUUGGGUUCGUCGGCGGCGAUCUCAAGCUCGUCCUGCUCCAUGUCCACCAACCUGCCGACAGGAUCAUGAACGGACUAGGUUGCAAGGUUCUUGCAAGCCAGCUGGAAGAAAAGGAACUCAAAGCAUUCAGGCAAAUUGAACAAGAUGAGAUGAACACCCUUCUGAACACCUACGUGAACCACUGCAGGUCGUAUCUCAAGGUCCAAGCUGAAACAUUGAUCAUUGAGAAGAACAAUGUCGCAAAUGGCAUUGUAGAGCUAAUUAAUCAGCAUCGCAUCACAAAGCUUGUCAUGGGAAUGUCUUCCUUCUCAACGAAGAGGAAAUUACCCAAGUCAAAAGUUGCAGCCAUUGUGCAUCAACAAGCCAAACCAUUUUGCCAGCUCUUCUUCAUUUGCAAAGGGUCUCUUGGUUGCACUAGGGAUGCCAAUCUGGACUGUACAAAAGCUGAUUCACCUAGAAGCAGUUCUGCAAGCACUCUCUCAGAUGAAACUGAGUUACCUACGAGAUCGGUGUCACUGCCACCAGGGCAUCCUGGUUACAGGGGCUCCCCUGAUGAACCAUUCCUACCUAGACGGUCACACUCAGUUAGUUACCCCUCGUCAGGAUUGGUAGGAAACAAUGUGGAAAGGAUGUCGCCUAUAGCACAGCAGUCGAUACAUGUGAAAACAACAUAUUGCUCUCCGAACUCCAGUCUCCCGAGCAAUGAAGGGUCCUCCUCAUCAAGUCUAAAGGAUUCAGACAGUUUAGAUGGGUCGCCAGUACUGGCCUCAGUUAUCAGCUAUGAAGAGCAACAAAUGUCUAUGGUGGAAAAUGGCAUGCAUAAUGAAGUGUUUGAGCAUCUACAGCAAGCCCGCACUGAGCUAGAACGAUCAAGAAAGGAAGCAUGUGAGGGCCGCCAAAAAGCAGAAAGGGACCUGUUUGAAGCUUCCAUGAAGUCCAAAGCACGGGAGAAUUCACUCCGCAAAGAAAAAAAGGAGGUAGAGGAAAAACUGACCAAAGAAAAGUCUAUUCUUGAAAAGGAGAAGUUGCAGAUAUACAAUGAGCUACAGAAGGCAAAUGAGCAAAGGGCACAACUGGAGAAUAAGCUUCUCCAGACCAACUCUCUUUUGGAAGAGCUCCAGCAGCUUCAAGGAGAGCUGCAGCGUGAGAAAGAAGACGCUCUACGAGAAGUCGAAGAGAUGCACAAACUAUAUAGCAACAGAAAUUUUGCCUCUGCCGGUGAAGUUUCCUUGACAGAGUUUAGUUACAGUGAGAUUGAAGAAGCAACCAACAACUUUGAUGGCUCUAGGGAGAUUGGACAAGGUGGAUGUGCAAGCGUCUACAGGGGUUUUCUCCGUCAGACCACUGUGGCCAUAAAGAAAUUCAACCGAGAAGGUGCAGUAGGAGAGAAAGAAUUCAACGUUGAGGUGGAGAUUCUAUGUAGGAUGAGACAUCCGAACCUUGUCACUCUCAUUGGAGUGUGCAGAGAUCCCAAGGUGCUGGUUUAUGAAUUCAUGCCAAACGGAAGCCUAGAGGACCGUCUCCAGUGCAAGCUACACACUGAGCCACUCCCAUGGAGAAUGCGCGUCAGAAUUGCUGCCGACAUCUGCACAGCGCUCAUCUUCCUCCACUCCAACAAACCGAAAAGCAUCGCCCAUGGUGAUCUGAAGCCUGACAACGUGCUCCUUGAUACUAACUUUGUAGGCAAGCUGGGGGACUUUGGAAUUUCUCGCUCCUUAGACCUGACAAACACCACUGUCACCCCUUACCACAGAACGGACCACAUAAAAGGCACAUUGGGUUACAUGGAUCCAGGGUACAUGGCUUCAGGGGAGCUUACAGCGCAGUAUGAUGUCUACUCCUUUGGAGUUGUGCUACUGCGUUUGCUAACAGGCAAGAGUCCACUUGGCCUUCAGAGUGAGGUGGAGGCAUCCAUGAGCAGCGGUGCCUUGCAUGAGAUACUUGACGCCUCUGCAGGGGAAUGGCCUCUUGAGCACGCCGAGGAGUUGGCAAGACUAGCUCUGAAAUGUUGUCGGUUAAACAGAAAGGAUCGCCCUGAUCUUGCAAGAGAGGCAUGGGGUAUCCUGCAAGCUAUGAUGAAUGAACCGCCACCUUCUUCAAUGCAUCCUCCGGACGCAGAGGCACCAUCAUAUUUCAUCUGCCCAAUGACACAGGAGAUUAUGCGAGAUCCACAUAUUGCCGCUGAUGGAUUCACAUAUGAAGGUGAGGCCAUUAAAGAUUGGAUCCAAAGGGGGCAUACAAUGUCGCCCAUGACCUACCUUAAUUUGACGCACCACGAGUUAAUUCCCAACAAUGCCCUUCGCUUCGCUAUACAAGAAUGGCAAAUGGGACAGCAGCAAUGA